CAGCUCCAUUUUAAACAUUAAAAAGUUUGGACUGCACACUCCAAGCAGCGUGAGGGGUCCAGCCUUUGACACUGCGGACGACGGGACCCGAGUAACUUCUAUCUCUUACUUCCUUGUCCUCCACCCCCACACACCUUGCAGAAUGGUCUGAUCCUACCUUGCUGCUAUGAUAAUGAAUUGAGCGGUGUCAGUGCUGAGCACGCUAGGCUGCUGGUCACAGGGGCCGGCCUUCCGCACAGUCGGCAAGGUGUGUUUGUGUACACACACUCAGCUUGCAGAGAGCUCUCCGGGCAGCAGGCAGCCAAGGAAUCUCAGAUUUUACUCUCGUGCUUCUGGAAUUUGGCAAAGACAGCCUUGACUGGAAUGUAAGUGAAAGGAAGAGAACGCGACCUGUGGAUUAAAGUGGCUGUGAGAGAAUUUUUUUUCCCCCCUUCAGAAAAAAAUUAGGGCAAGCAUAAAAGUUGGGGGAGUGCUGGUGGAAGGGGGUUGGAGGAAAGAAUGCCAGAGGGAAUUCUUCCCUCACAGUCUGCCGUGAACCACUAAUUUUCAACAACCUGGCUUUCAGGCGAGAAAGGAAUUCCUUUUCCCACGCUUACAUAUUUUUUGACGUGAAGCGUUUUUCUCCCCCUUUGAAAUCCUCUCGGCUCGGCUCACCCAGAUGGAGAUACAGAGGAGGACCGCGACAACACCUUUAUCACCGGCUGCCUACGUCAACUCAGCCCAGUAUUCCAGCGUCCUGGAGGGAAGAUUCAAGCAACUACAAGACGAGCGCGAGGCAGUCCAGAAGAAAACCUUCACAAAAUGGGUGAAUUCGCACUUGGCAAGAGUAACCUGCCGGAUCACAGACCUGUACACGGACUUGAGGGAUGGGCGGAUGCUAAUCCGACUGCUCGAGGUGCUGUCGGGCGAACUGCUGCCCAAGCCGACCAAAGGACGGAUGCGGAUUCACUGCCUGGAGAACGUGGACAAGGCCUUGCAGUUCCUGAAGGAGCAGAAGGUGCAUCUGGAAAACAUGGGGUCGCACGACAUCGUUGAUGGGAACCAUCGCCUCACUCUUGGCCUGAUAUGGACCAUCAUUCUUCGGUUCCAGAUCCAGGACAUCAGCGUGGAAACAGAAGACAACAAAGAAAAGAAAUCUGCCAAGGAUGCACUGCUACUCUGGUGUCAGAUGAAAACAGCAGGGUAUCCCAAUGUCAAUGUUCACAACUUCACUACAAGUUGGAGGGAUGGACUGGCGUUCAAUGCAAUUGUCCACAAGCACAGGUCCGACUUAAUCGACUUUGACAAGCUGAAGAAGUCCAACGCUCACUACAACUUGCAGAAUGCUUUCAACGUGGCAGAGCAGCACUUGGGACUCACCAAGCUACUCGAUCCUGAAGAUGUCAGCGUGGACCAGCCCGAUGAAAAAUCUAUCAUCACUUACGUCGCCACGUACUAUCACUACUUCUCCAAGAUGAAGGCACUGGCUGUGGAGGGCAAGCGCAUUGGGAAGGUGCUAGACUACGCAAUUGAAGCAGACAACAUGAUUGACAAGUAUGAGACUCUGGCCUCCGACCUCCUUCACUGGAUUGAAUUUACCAUCGUCACCCUGAAUGACCGCAAGUUGGCUAACUCCCUAAGCGGGGUUCAGAACCAGCUUCAAGCGUUCAACACGUACCGCACUGUGGAGAAGCCACCCAAGUUUAUCGAGAAGGGUAAUCUGGAGGUGCUGCUCUUCACUAUACAAAGCAAAAUGAGAGCCAACAAUCAAAAAGUCUACACUCCACGCGAGGGAAAACUCAUAUCAGACAUCAACAAGGCUUGGGAACGGCUGGAGAAAGCCGAGCACGAGCGGGAGCUCGCCUUGCGCACGGAGCUCAUCCGACAGGAGAAGUUGGAGCAGCUUGCUCACCGGUUUGACCGCAAAGCGGCGAUGAGGGAGACGUGGCUGAGCGAAAACCAGCGCCUGGUUUCCCAGGAUAACUUUGGGCUGGAUCUGGCGGCAGUGGAGGCUGCCACGAGGAAGCACGAGGCCAUCGAGACGGACAUCAACGCGUACAAUGAGCGCGUGCAGGCGGUGGUGGCCGUGGCCAAGGAGCUGCAGGCGGAGCAUUACUACGACAUCAAGCGCAUCACCGUCAGGAAGGACAACGUCAUUCGGCUGUGGGACUACCUGCGCGAACUGCUGCAGGCCCGUCGCGAGCGUCUCGCGAAGAACCUUGAGCUGCAGAAGAUAUUCCAGGAGAUGCUGCACAUCGUGGACUGGAUGGAAGACAUGAAGGGUCGCCUUCAGUCGCAGGACUACGGCAAACACCUGCAUGGGGUCGAAGACCUGCUUCAGACUCACACGCUGGUGGAGGCAGACAUCGCAGUCCAGGCAGAACGGGUUAAAACUGUGAACACCGGCGCUCAGAAGUUUACGACCGACGAGGAAGGUUAUAAGCCCUGCGACCCCCAGAUCGUCUGUGACCGCAUCGCCCACUUGGAGCUGUGCUAUCAGGAACUGUGCAAGCUUGCAGCUGAGCGCCGUGCGAAGCUCGAGGAGUCCCGCCGCCUCUGGAAGUUCUUCUGGGAAAUGGGCGAGGAGGAGUCCUGGAUCCGGGAGAAAGAGCAGAUCAUGUCGUCGGAAGACUACGGCAAGGACUUGACCAACGUCAUGCUGCUGAUCAGCAAGCACAACUCAUUCAAGGACGAAAUGAGUGGGCGCAGUGGUCCGCUGCAGCAGACGAUUCGGGAGGGGGAGGGCUUGAUUGAAGAAGGGCACUUCGGGGCCGAUGAGGUCAGGGAGAAGAUCAAGGACAUUCGCGGGCUUUGGGCACACUUGGAAGAAUUGGCGGCCCUCCGGGAGCGGAGGUUGAACGAGAUCUCCAACCUGUACCAAUUCCAGGCAGACGCCAACGACAUUGAGGCUUGGAUCAUAGACACACUGCGCAUUGCGUCCAGCGCUGACGUCGGGCACGACGAAUAUUCCACCCAGACGCUGGCCAAGAAGCACAAGGACGUGGAAGAGGAGAUUCACAACCACCGGCCCACCAUUGAUGCCCUGCACGAACAGGCCCGAAGCCUGCCUGAUGACUUUGCCCAGUCUCCCGAGGUGGAUGGCAGACUGCCAGCCAUCGAGCAGAGGUAUGAGGAACUGGUGGCUUUGGCACAGCAGCGGAGGCAGACGCUGCAGGACGCCCUGGCUCUCUACAAGAUGUUCAGUGAGGCAGACGCCUGUACGCUUUGGAUUGAUGAGAAGGAGCAGUGGCUGAACUGCAUGGAGAUUCCUGAGAAGCUGGAGGACUUGGAGGUUGUUCAGCACAGGUUUGAAACGCUCGAGCCGGAGAUGAACAGCCAAGCCUCCCGGAUCUCAGCCGUCAACCAGGUGGCCAGCCAGCUGCUAAGCACCGAGCACCGUAACAAGGAUGAGGUCACUGGCAUGAGAGACCAGCUGAACAGCAGCUGGGAUCAGUUCCGGGGCCUGGCAGAUCAGAAGAAGGAAGCUCUCAGCUCUGCGCUCAGCAUCCAGAAUUACCACCUUGAAUGCAAUGAAACGAAGUCCUGGAUUAAAGAAAAGACCAAAGUCAUUGAGUCGACCCAGAGCCUUGGAAACGACCUGGCUGGUGUGAUGGCCCUCCAGCGCAAGUUGACUGGGAUGGAGCGGGACUUGGAGGCCAUCCAGGGUAAACUGGACGACCUGCAGAAAGAAGCCGAGAAACUUGCCGCAGAGCACCCGGAGCAGGCUCAGACCAUCUUAGCUCGACUCUCCGAAAUCAACGGUGUCUGGGAGGACCUGAAGGACACCAUGAAGAGGCGGGAGGAGUCGCUGGGCGAGGCCAGCAAACUGCAGGAGUUUCUGCGGGACCUGGACGAUUUCCAGUCGUGGCUGUCCCGGACGCAGACCGCCAUUGCCUCGGAGGACAUGGCCACGAACUUGGCCGACGCCGAGAAGCUCCUCACCCAGCAUGAGAACAUCAAGAAGGAGAUCGAUAACUACAAGAAUGACUACGAGCGGAUGAGAAGUGUCGGGGAGGAGGUGACGCAAGACCAGACGGACGCCCAGUACAUGUUCCUGCACCAGCGGCUGCAAGCUCUUGACACGGGCUGGAACGAACUAAGCCAGAUGUGGGAGAAUCGGUAUAAUCUCCUGGCACAAGUGUACGGCUAUCAGAUCUUCCUGCGUGACGUGAAGCAGGCUGAAGGAUUCCUUAACAACCAGGCAUACAUGCUGUCACACACCGAGAUGCCUGGCACCUUGGAAAUGGCCGAGGCUGCCAUUAAGAAGCACGAAGACAUCAUGACCACCAUGGAUGCCAACGAGGAGAGGAUCAACAGCGUGGUGGACUCUGGCAAAAAGCUGAUCAGCGAGGGCAAUGUCCAUGCUGACAAGAUCCAGGAGAAAGUGGACUCAAUAGACGAACGACAUCGGAGGAAUCGCCAAACUGCCAAUGACCUUGCUGACAAGCUCAAGGAUAACCUGGAGCUGCAGAAGUUCCUUCAGGAUUGCCAGGAGCUCACACUCUGGAUCAAUGAGAAGAUGCUGACUGCCCAGGAUAUGUCCUACGACGAGGCUCGGAACCUCCACACCAAGUGGCAGAAACACCAAGCCUUCAUGGCCGAGCUCGCCUCCAACAAGGACUGGCUGGACAAGAUAGACAAGGACGGGAAGCAGCUCAUAUCUGAGAAGCCGGACACCAAGCCCAUCGUGGAGGAGAAACUCAGUGACCUCCACAGGCUCUGGGAUGAGCUGGAGUCCACGACCAAGACCAAGGCUCAGUGCCUGUUCGACGCCAACCGCACGGAGCUGUUCACGCAGAGCUGCGCGGACCUGGACUUGUGGCUCAACGACCUGGACACACAGCUGCAGUCCGACGACCACGGCAAGGACUUGACCAGUGUCAGCAUCCUUCUGAAAAAGCAACAGAUGCUGGAAAAUCAGAUGCAGGUCCGGCAAAAGGAGCUGGAAGAGCUGAAGAACCAGGCGCAGGCCCUGGGGCAAGAGGACACGAAUGUCGUGGAGAUAGAUGCCAAGCAGAGGAGGGUGGAGGAGAGAUUCCAAGAGAUGAUGAGGCCUGUCGAAGAAAGGCGCAGAAACCUCUUGGCCUCCAAAGAGGGCCAUCAGUUCAAUCGGGAUUUGGAGGACGAAGUUCUGUGGGUGAAUGAGCGGAUGCCACUUGCUACCUCCACUGACCACGGAAGCAAUCUGCCAACGGUGCAGCUGCUCAUUAAAAAGAACCAGACCCUUCAGAAGGAGAUCCAGGGUCACCAGCCCCGAAUAGACGAUAUCGCGGAGCGUGGAGAGACGAUGGCCAAAGCAGGGCGCAUCGAUUCGGAGGUGCUGCGAGCCCGCCUGGGGGACCUCCAGCAGAUGUGGAAGCAGCUGAAAGAGGAGACGGACAAACGCAACGAUCGGCUGCAGGAAUCCCAAAAGGCUCAGCAGUUCUACUUUGACGCGGCUGAGGCUGAGGCUUGGAUGGGCGAGCAAGAGCUUCACAUGAUGUCAGAAGAGAGGGCUAAGGAUGAACAGAGUGCAAUGGCAAUGGUGAAGAAGCACCGGGUGGUGGAGCAGUCACUGGAGGACUACACACAAGCUAUUCACCAGCUCUCCAACCUCAGCAGGAACCUGGUAACAAACAGCCACCCUGAGAGUGACCGUAUUACCCUGAGGCAGUCGCAGGUGGACAAGCUGUACGCCGGCCUGAAAGACCUGGCGGAGGAGCGGAGGGAGAAGCUACAGGAGCGCCUGCGUCUCUGUCAGCUCAAGCGGGAGGUGGACGACCUGGAGCAGUGGAUCGCCGAGCGGGAGAUAGUGGCAGGCUCCCACGAGCUGGGUCAGGACUACGAGCAUGUCACCAUGCUGCGGGAUAAAUUCCGCGAGUUUGCCCGCGACACCAGCAGCAUCGGGCAGGAGCGCGUGGACUCGGUGAAUCGAAUGGCCGACGAGCAGAUUGACCUGGGCCACUCGGAGAACGCCACCAUUGCGGAGUGGAAGGACGGGCUGAACGAAGCCUGGGCUGACCUCCUGGAGCUCAUCGACACCCGGACCCAGAUGCUGGCGGCCUCGUAUGAGCUGCACAGUUUCUACCACGACGCCAGGGAGACCCUUGACCGCAUCCAGGAGAAGGAGAAGCAGCUUCCCGAGGAAAUGGGCCGGGAUCUGAACACGGUCGAGAGGAUGCACCGAAUGCACACCACGUACGAACAUGACAUUCAGGCACUGAGCGCACAGGUGAAGCAGGUACAGGACGACGCUUCUCAUUUGCGGUCGGCGUAUGCCGGCGAGAAGGCAGAGGACAUCCAGCAGCACGAGGAUAACGUCGUGGACGCCUGGAAUGCUCUCCUCAACGCCAGCAAGGGGCGCAAGCAGAUGCUGUCGGACUCGGUGGAGAAGUUCCGCUUCUUCAACCUGGUCCGAGCCCUGAUGCUCUGGAUGGAUGAUGUCACCAGGCAAAUGGACGCUCAGGAGAAACCAAGGGACGUCUCUUCUGCGGAUCUGACCAUAAAGAACCAUCAGGGGAUCAAGUCAGAAAUCGAUGCCCGGGAUGACAGCUUUACUGCAAGCAUUGAGAUGGGCAAUGCACUUCUAGCCAAGAACCACUACGCUUCGGAUGAGAUUGCGGAGAAGUUAUCGCAGCUCCAGGAAAGGAGGAAAGAAGUCAAUGACAAAUGGAAGGAGAAGGAAGACUGGCUGCAGCUUGUGAUGGAAGUGCUCCAGUUCGGACGAGACGCAGCCGUCGCGGAGGCCUGGCUGGCGAGUCAGGAGCCGUACGUCAGAGCAGCGGAAGUCGGAAGCAGCGUAGACGAUGCCGAGAACCUCAUCAAGCGGCACGAAGGGUUCGAGAAGGCAGCCGCGGCUUGGGAUGAGCGGUUCAUGGCCCUGGAGAAACUGACAACACUGGAACAGCAAGAGAUCCGCCGUAAGCAGGAGGAGGAGGAGAGGAAAUUAAAACCACCCCCGCCGCCGUCGCCCCCAACGCCACACAUCUCCGUGGUAGCAGAGGAGAGCCAGGAGGCUGGAAAUCAGGCAGAGCCGAAUCAACAGUCACGGGAUGGUGACAUCGUUAACCACGUGGAGCCCGUCGCUCAGAAUGGGAUGCACCCAGAAACAGAGUCACACCAGCCUUUGGAUGAGACGAGACCAUUGAAAGAUGAUGUCUUGUCAUGUGUGGCAGUGAAAGUCUCUGAAGCACCAGAACCAGUUAACGGGACAAGCACGGAAUCGAAGAAGGAGAGUGUUCCAGCUCAGAAGACCCCGCAAUCAUCUCCACGGCCCGAGUCCGACAGUAUCCAGGUCAGCAAGGCACAAGACACAGCGGCGGUACAAAUGGAAGGCAUUUUGUGUCGAAAGCAUGAAUGGGAAUCACACAACAAGAAAGCCAGCAGCAGGUCGUGGCAGAAUGUGUACUGUGUCCUGAGGAACAGGAGCCUUGGCUUUUACAAAGACUCCAAGAAUGCCAACAGUGGUAUUCCGUACCAUGGAGAGGUUCCAGUCAGCCUGACAGAUGCCAUCUGCGAGGUGGCACACGAUUAUAAGAAAAGGAAAUGCGUCUUCAAACUUAGACUCAGUGAAGGAAAGGAGUUCCUGUUCCAGGCCAAGGAUGAGGCGGAAAUGAGCAGCUGGAUCGAUGUGGUCAGCAGGUCAAUCUCCUCCAGUCAAGAGGACCGGCACCCCGUCACCCCCCAGGGCCUGACCCGCGCCAUGACAAUGCCCCCCAUCCUGCCCAACAGCGGCGAGACCGUCACUCUGCGGAGGGACAAGGACAGCAAGGAGAAAGACCGGGAGAAGAGGUUCAGCUUCUUCAAGAAGAAAUAGGCAGAGACUCCAAAAAAGCUAUAUUAAAAGAAGAGUUCAAGUCACCACACCGUUCCACACUUCGCACGUCAUUCCAGUCGAUUCCAGCUUGUUUCUCUGAAUGACUCUAUGCCUGGCGUUCCCGGGGAAUGUGGA